UGCAGUGUACUUGGUAAGAGUGUGGUUUUCCAGUUUUCUAAAAUUGUCCCUGUACAAAACAGCCUUUUCUUUUAUAAACAAUGUGAAACGUGAAACUGGAGGCGGUGCAUCUGAAAAUCCGCCUCACUGACUUACACACAUGAGCAGGGUUUGCCAGUGUGUGUUUGUGUGACAGCAUGGGUGCACUUGGGCUUUCCUUGUGACUGCUCUAGUCAGCAGCUGAAGUCCUGUUGCAGAAUGGACCGGCUUAUCGUCCGUGGUAUUCCGGUCUGGCAGAACAUGUGGCUAACUUUGAAUGUUUUGUUUUGUGUUUUUUCAUGUAUACACUAGGUGUGUGUACAAGUAGUAGUCACACAAAUACCUACAACAGCAUGGCCCUGAACCGAAUGUCUCAACUAUGUCAGGAUAUCACCAGACUGUGGCUGCAGCUGAAGAUGAUAACAGAUGACAUCAUGCAGAGGGAAGAAGGUCAUCUGAGUGCAGCAGAAAUUGGCUCUGAACUCCAUAAACAGUUUGCCAUCCUACCAGGGGUUCGUGGUUUAAACGGCUGCCCCAUCCUCAUCUUCCCAGAAUUUCCAGCCUUCAACAAUCUGGAGGAGGAGGAGUUAAAAAACGUCCUCAUCUAUCUGACCAGUUUAUCCAGUGUUGCGGCAUCUACAGUAGGUUUCAUCCUUGUCAUCGAUAGACGUCUGGACCGGUGGGCCGCUGUCAGAGCCACUCUGCUCCGAAUCGCAGUCUCAUUUCCAGGAAACUUGCACUUGGUUCUGGUGUUGCGUCCCACCGCUCUGUUUGAACGAACUCUUUCAGACUUCCUGUUCAGAUUUUACAAGGAUGAAUUCAAAAUGAAGGUGUUGAUGCUAAGUUCGGUGACCGAGCUCCAUGCCUACAUUGACCCAGGACAGUUGACCACUGAACUGGGAGGGACACAGAAAUACUGUCAUGACAGCUGGAUCUCACACCGCACUGCUAUCGAGGCCUUUGCUCUCAUGGUAAAAACCACUGGUCAGACUCUGCAGGCAUUUGGCACCCAGCUUGCAGAGACUGAAUUACCCAACGAUGCAGAGGCCACCCAGUGUCUGUUGCACUCACACACACUGAAAAAGGAUGAAAUUAAGGAGGACCUGCAGGUGGCACUGUGCCAAGGGCGACGUUUGUUGGAGUACAUCAACGAGCCUUUACAGACAGACCCUGAAUAUAGCAUGACCCAUGAUGAGCUAGAGAACCUUGCUACUGUGCAGAGACUUCUUGGUCAGCUGGAUGAAACAGAGACUGCUUUCGAUGAUUUCUGGGAACACCACUGCACCAAAAUGGAACAGUGUUUGCAGCUGCGUCACUUUGAGCAGCACUUCCGUGAAGUGUGUGCCCAGCUAAAUGUGAUGCUGGAGAAGUUGUCAAGUUUCUCGGCGGUCAGUGUGAGCCCUCCCCAUGCACAGCACAUCCUGCAAGAGCUCAGCGGCCACGAAGACAAGGCUCGUGAAGUCCUGGACCGAGCCGUAUCUCUGGCCUGUGAAGGAGACAGGCUGAUAGAAAACUUGCACUAUGCUGAGGAUUCCAUCAGGCCUAAGUGCAGUGAGCUGAGAGGAGUGUGUGAGGAGAUAAGUACCACUCUGGUUAACAAGAAGAACCUCAUCCUCAGAGCUUUGGAGCUUCACAACGCUCUGGAAAAGUCAUUACAGUGGUGUGAGGAUGGCAUCUUCCUGCUGGCCAGCCAACCAGUGGAUCGCUGCCAGUCUCAGGAUGGAGCAGAAGCAGCUCUGCAAGAACUGGAGAGAUACCUUGACACAGCACCUCUACACAUUCUCACUGAAUGCAGCGCCAUCUGCUCUCAGUAUGAAGCAGUGCUCACAGAUCACCUCAGGAACCAGGUUGAGAGGGUGUUUCAGAAGCAGACCUCUGUCCAGGAGAUGUUCGAGAGGAGACACAUGAGUUUGAAGAAACUCGCUGCCAAACAGACUAGGCCAGUGCAGCCAGUGGCACCGCGACCUGAAGUGAAGUCAUCACACUCAUCUCCCAAUCUGCAGAGAAAAGAGAGGAGACACUCUACUGACAGUCCAGUCUGCAAAAAGGUAGAGCCUACGAUACACGACCACGGCACCAGGCAUGCCUCUCUCUCAGGAGAAGAAGAAAAUCUGGCAGUGCUUCGACGUCAUGUAAUGAACGAACUGCUGGAAACAGAGAGAGCAUAUGUGGAGGAGUUACUGUGCGUGCUGGAGGGCUAUGCAGCAGAGCUGGACAACCCUGCUUUGGCUCACCUCGUCCCCAGCAUCCUGCUCAGCAAGAAAGACAUCUUGUUUGGCAACAUGUCUGAGAUCUACCAGUUUCAUAAGAGGACAUUUCUGAGAGAUUUGGAAGCGUACACUGAUUGUCCAGAACUGGUUGGACGCUGCUUUUUAGAACGGAUGGAGGACCUGCAGAUCUAUGAAGCCUACUGUCAGAACAAACCUCGCUCUGAGAGCCUGUGGAGACAGUGCUCUGACUGUGCCUUCUUCCAGGAGUGCCAGAAAAAGCUGGAGCAUAAACUGGGUUUGGACUCCUACCUCCUUAAGCCUGUGCAAAGAAUCACCAAGUACCAGCUGCUGCUCAAGGAGAUGUUGAAGUACAGUAAAGGAUGUGCUGGCUGUGAUGACCUACAGGAAGCCCUGUCCUCCAUCCUGGGGAUCCUGAAGGCUGUGAAUGACUCCAUGCACCUCAUCGCCAUCACAGGAUAUGAGGGGAAUCUGUCAGAGCUGGGUCGUCUGCUGAUGCAGGGUUCAUUCAGCGUGUGGACGGAACACAAAAAGGGUCACGCAAAGGUCAAGGACCUGGCUCGCUUCAAGCCGAUGCAGAGGCAUCUGUUCCUGCAUGAGAAAGCACUCCUGUUCUGUAAGAAGCGUGAAGAAAAUGGCGAAGGCUACGAGAAAGCUCCCUCUUACAGUUUCAAACACUCCCUCAGUAUGAGUGCUGUGGGUAUUACAGAGAAUGCUAAAGGAGACAACAAGAAGUUUGAGGUUUGGUGUAACUCCAGAGACGAGGUUUUCAUAGUUCAGGCCUCCACUCCAGAGAUCAAAACAGCUUGGGUAAAUGAAAUUCGUAAAGUUCUGACACAGCAGCUCAAAGCAUGCAAAGAUGCAAGUCAACAGAAGAGCUUUGAUUCUGUUUCUCCGACAUUUACCAGCAACACUUCCUCCAUAUCAUUCAGUCCGUUCCGUACACAUGCCCAGAAAAACCAAAAGAAGCAGGAUGAAAAGAAGGCAGAGCCAAAUCUGAUCUCAUUUGCAAAAACCUCAUCCUUGCCAAAAAACAAAGAUGAACAAGUGACCAGUCCAACCACUGACAGAUCAUCAGUGAAUAAAAAGCGUUUUACAUUGCAGGGCUUCAGCAAUAUCAAGAAUCCAAAAGAUUGGAGCAAGGCGUCGCUCUCUGUUGAUGCAGCAGAGGACAAUGACAGCAACUCCAGCAGCGAGGAGCUGAUGAACUCUGACCCUGAGGAUGAAGUAGUAAAGAAGCUGUCUCCAGGAAAGUACACUGUGGUUGUGGAUUUAGAAAAGACAGGUUCUCACGAGAUGUCUGUCAAAAGUGGGGACAUGGUCCAACUGAUAAGAGAAGGAGAAAAUGGACAAUGGUAUGUCAAGAACCUUUGCAGCAACAUGGAAGGUUGGGUAGCAGAUACAAACCUGCUUGGUCUCAUCCCUGAAUCCAAGUCUUCACAGUCGCUUAGCAGCUCAGAUUGCAGCCUCUCUGGGAACUACAGCACAUCCUCCUGUUGCAGUGAGACCUACACCAGCUUUUCUGACAUUAAAUCCUGACCUGGGCAGCCAUUUACAUUUCAAAGUGACACCUACUCUACCACUAACUCUGUGAAAGCUGACCUGUGUGCCACUCACAACUGUGUUCAGCUUCAAAGGGACAAAAAAGAACAUUUUAAAUCUAGUCUCAUUUCUUUAUUAUUUAAUAUUUAAAAAUUAGCAAAUGCAGGUCAUUGAUUUUAAUAACUAAAGAACAGACAAAACAUAAAACCCAUCAGCCAUUGUAGGUGUGUAGCAACAUAGUCAUCUAACAGUGACACACAGUAGAUUCAUAUAGCUAGCUAGGUAGGCUGAAACGUUGAUUCAAAGUAUUUAACAAUGAAAUGCUAAAACAUCCUUUGCUAGCAAAACCCAUAAAUACAAAACUCAUCAAGGCAGACAUUAGACAUGUACACCCAACAGUAACAAACUAAUAAUAGUGCCAGGUUGUAGACAUGCCUCUAGCAGCAUUCCUGUGAUUGAGAGGGUUAAAUAUGUGUGUAUCUGUCCGUCUGUGUGUGAGUAUGACCAACCACUGUCAUAUUGUCACCACACUAUGUACGUUAGUACCUGAAAGUAACUUGAUCUCUACACUAUGAAAGCUGGCAGCUAGCCACAGGAAAAACAUUUCAAUGAUUUUUAUUGUAUUGGAGAGUCUUCGAGUCAUGUGAUCUUAGACCACAUGUUCCGAGCCCAUACUGUAGCACGAAAGUCUUCUCUUUUCAAAUCUUUCAUUAGACAGAGCUAAAUUCCUCAGUCCUCUGAAUGGAGAAAUUGCAGCAAAAUGUGAUAAAAAAGGACACAUUGUUAUUCCAGAAUCCUGCACUUUAGUGGUGUUUUAUCUGUUAUAUGUAUAGUAUCACUAUGUGAAAAUCUACCAGCAGCUAAGAACAGCACCAUAUGGUGGUCUACACCUACCUUGGAACAAUGUCUUUCCCUCUUCUGUCUGUUCUUCAUUUGUUUUAGUUUUUAGAGAUACUGUGUCGUGUAACUUUUGUCUUCACAUCUGUGAAUUUAUCACAACAUCUGUGUUGGUAGGCAGAUGACUAUGUACCUUCCUGUGUCCACUACGGCAGUCUCUUUUUUGUAUGUAUGCAUUCUUACAAAAAAAUGAGCAUCUUGGUUUAAAGGACAUAUACACCCACUUUGGUGUUAGUCCAAAUACACCAUGUGUAUAUUCUGUGGUUGUAAAUGCUGGGUUUGUAUUUACUGCUGUUUGCCUGGUAUUUUAACUGUUCUACGGACCAUCAUCAGCAAAAAUCUAGCUCUUUAAUAUCUCUUUAUUUAUUUACUUUUUAUUUAGUCAUGGCAGCUCUCUUCUCAACAGGCAAAGCAAACCACGUCUAGACUAGCUUCACAUGUUUUCUACCACCAUCCCAAAACCUAUGCCAACCCCUAAUGUCCAGGAAUAAUAGUCAAACUGUUGACAUAAGAAAAAUGGACUCAAAGUCUGGCUUUUGGUGUCAAUUACACAGUAGCACGGUGGCCGUACGACCGUGGUGGUCCAUGUGGCUAAAUUGGUAGUGGCGUCACACAGCUGUUACAGUACUAUCACUGCAGUACACCUUUGCAUAUGUGUGAUUUUCUAAAAACAAAAAUGACAGUCUGUUAUUAUGGUUUUUAUAUCCCAGCAUGUCCAAACCUUGUACACUAAAACCUAUUUUUGCUCCUCAUGUUAUAUUUGUACAGACCUCGUUUCCAGGAUGAUAUUUGUCCAAACUCACCCUAUGAUCCAUUGUUAUAUUGUAAAUAUACUGCAUCUGAGUUUAUGUGUUCAAGUUGUAUAUGUGACACAUGUCUUAGGCGUUUCCUCCCUAUAACCCCAAUGCUUUAUUGAAAAGAGCAGAAACUGUACAUUGAGAAGAGCAUUGUGACGUCUGUGUAUCUCCAUCUAUCAAGCAUGUUUCAUUACCUGUCAUGUCACAGGGUCAGGUAUGUGUAUUAUGCCUCAUGGAAGCUGACAUAGGCCCUUAACUUGUCCAUGUGUGUUUGUGACCACACAAAAUGAAUCAUUUGUGGAUACUGAGGAGUUGCACAGAUGUCAAAUUUUAUUUUUUAUACAACAUACACUGCAGCACAAACACUGUUCUUGUACCCCGUUGUAUAGCUACAAGGUAAGAUGUUAAUAUAAUAAAUAUAUUAUAAAGAGACAAUGGUGUAUACCUGUAAAUGUUAUUCUGAAUUGUAUUUAAAAUGAAAAUAAUAUUUAAUAAAGUCUGACAUUGUUUCCACUAUAAGACUUUUGGCUCUAACACAGAUUGUUUAUUUUAAUUCCAUUAUAUAAUUUAUUUUUGUUUCUCGUUUAUCUCUUAGUACAGUUGUUUAUAUUAAAUUAUAGUUUUAUUUUAUAUUGCCACUAUGUUAUCCAUUAUAUUAGAAAAUGUAUUUCUUGGAAAACAAAACAUUGAUCACAACAACUCAUUGAUCACAGCUCUACAUACGACGACAUAGCUAAUGUGCUCGUUCGUUGUAAAACGUUAACUUUCAAACCGAAAUCCCUGUUUUAUAUGAGUAUGUGCAUUGGAUAUAGACACAUUUGCGUUUCAUAGUAAAAUAAUGCUGUAACGAGCGGCAGAUAACCCCUGCGGAUUAUUACGAUGCGGAUAUA